AUGCAGAAUGUGUUUACUACUGGAACGGAUAUUAGCACUGCCGCUGUGAUAUGGGUCAUGACCUUCCUAAUGAAAAAUCCUAGGUGUUUGAAGAAAGUUCAAGAGGAAAUCAGAAGUUUGAUAGGAAAAAAAAGUUUUGUAAAUGAAGAUGACGUUCAAGGCUUAAUUCAUCUUAAAGCUGUGAUAAAAGAAACAUUUAGAUUGCAACCAAUAGUUCCCUUAUUAGUGCCACGAGAAACAAUGCGAAAGUGCAACAUAAGCGGGUACGAAAUACCUGCAAAAACCUUAGUUUAUGUGAAUGCGUGGGCAGUCGGAAGAGACUCCGAAGUUUGGGAAAAUCCAAAAGAGUUUUAUCCGGAGAGAUUCAUUGGCAGCUCUGUUGACUACAAAGGACUAAAUUUUGAGCUCAUACCAUUUGGUGCCGGUAGAAGGAUUUGUCCUGGAAUACAUAUGGGAGCUGCAAGUGUGGAGCUUGCCCUUGCUAAUCUUCUUUACAAAUUUGAUUGGGAAAUGCCGACUGGUAUGAACAAGGAAGACUUAGACUUUGAGGUAGUACCUGGUAUUACUGUCCACAAAAAAAAUGCUCUUUGCCUUGUGGCCAGCAAGAUUAAUGUUUAA